AUGAGGGAGUGCGGGACUUCGAACUUCAAUUUCUUUGGUACCCAAGGGUUUUCUUCGAUCGACCAAAUUGAAACUGAAAAUGAAAGGUGGCUGCGAGACUUCGCCGGAAUCGUGAAUGGCGUUUCGACUGGCUUCUUACUCCGUGUGUUGUUCUGUGGGCGUUCCUCCGACACUUCACUCUCCAACUCACCAAAUUCCCGUGGUCACUUAAUUAAUUCCACAGGAACGUUGAUAUGGGGUUUGAGUUGGAUCCUUUGGACGAUAUAUUUGCUGAAGACACUGCGAAAAACGCCCGGGUCUGUGCCAGUCCCAACCAGUGAUGUCAUUGAGCGGGAAUCAAGUUUCCAUCGAGAUGAUCAAAGGAACUCCAUUUCUGUCACCCUCUCGUCACAAAAUAUUGUUACAAUAGACAGACCAAACACCACAGCUGGCUUGGUGUCAGAUCCAGAUGUUGUCAUGCCUGAUGGCAAUUGUAGUUGGCAAUCUAACUUCGACAAAUCAGGAGAGAAUAGAGACAUAAUUCUUGGGUUGGAAUUGUUAGAUGAUUUUCUUCCUCAUGCUACGGCUGAUAUGGAAACCAUUGCAGAAGGUUCUACUCCUUCAGAGGCAGCAUCAGCCGAUGUCCCUAGCACCAAAAAUGCAGGACUUCCAGUUCAUUCCUCUAUUGAUGCUUCCACCUGUCCUCAACAGUCAGUGGUCCAAGAUCCUUUAACUGGUGGGGAACCUAUCAUUUCAAUUAGUUAUGAUGGUGAUCACAUGGACAAUAGAGUGGUGGAAACAGAGGAGAUGGAUAUCAUGGAUACUCAAGUUUUGUCUGACUUAGCAACUAGUUUUGGAUGGUGCAGUAGAAAAUUUCAACCAAAGCCGAAAAUACAGAUGCAGAAUCAGAUACAUGAAGCCAGCACUACUUAUGGAUUGGAGUCUGCAUCAUGUCUACAAGAUUCACAGUCAAUUCCUUCUGAAAUUAAUUUUGGGGAUAAAUGCUCCAAUCCUGCAUUUUCACAGGAUGAUGUUCUGGAUCUUUCAGCUAUGGGAUUCACUCAUGCUAUUCCCUCAGAAUCUAUGCCUGAACUUAUUGCAGAUGAGGAUCCUAUAAAUCUCGUGGAGACGUCUCAGUUGAAUUCUGGCUUCCCUGUUGACCAUCCAGAGGUUGUUCCAGAAAUGUCAGCGGAACUUAGCCAAGCACGGACUAGAAAAGGUAAAACUCGCACAUCAGUUCCUUCUCCAGAGCAGCAAAAUGCUUCCACAUCUGGCCAGAAGAAUGAAGCUGGUAGAUCUUUGAGGCCACGGAAAAUUAAAAGAAAUCUAUUCCAGCUAGUAGAUGAAUUUGAUGAUGAGUUCCAUGUUGAUGGAGAAUUUCCAGCUGAAUGCCCUAGCAGUUCUGUUGCAGGUGAGGACAACAUUUCUGGCAAGAAAUUUCAAGUCGAAAAUGAAUCCCAGACAAAAAAGGUGAAGAGGAAUUCUGUGAAGCCCCUUGGUGAUAAAGAAAAACCAGCUGGAAAGUGGAAGAAGGCUAAGGAAACAUCGGAUCAGCCAGCGAAAUCAAAACCUAAAAUGUUAUCUCACUCUACACUUAAGAGAAGACGAGUGGACAAAUUUUUGCUUGAAACUCCUGAGGAUGAGAUUGACUUCCAAAAGGUGCCUCUUAGGGAUUUAAUUUUGCUUGCGGAGCAGCUGCAGAAAAAAGAGGCAACAACUGAAGUACCCUCUACAAAUCAGAGUAAUGUUAAUCCCUCGGAGAACUAUAAUGAGGAUGAGCCCUUUGUGUCUGAACAAGAUGGAGAAUAUGACCGUGGACAAGAAAGUCAUAGGGUUGAAGAAAGCAACAUAUACUUCAAUUAUCAGACUUACAUGGACAGGACUCCCAGAGUAAGAUGGUCAAAACAGGAUACAGAGUUGUUCUACGAGGCAAUACGGCAGUUUGGGACAGACCUUUCUAUGAUACAACAACUUUUUCCUGGUCGUACCCGCAACCAAGUUAAGCUGAAAUACAAAAAGGAAGAACGAAAGCAUCCGAUGAGGCUUCGUGAAGCCCUGACCACCCGUACUAAAGAUCAUUCCCAUUUUGAAAAGGUUAUUGAGCAUUUACAACAAAUUGCUGCUGAGGAAAACCAGAACGGUAAUAAAGACGACUCGAUAGAUUUGACUGUCAAUGAAGAUGCUGAGGAGGGAAGUCAUGAAGCUAAUAAGGGAGAACUGAAGACUGAACGUGGAGGAGGAGGAGGAGGAGAAAAUGAGGAUACGGCUCAAGAAUUUACGGAAAUUCAAAGUCCCAUGAAGUCUUGUGAUAGCGAAGAUGAUUUGUCCAUAUCAGGAGGAAAUUCGAACUCCAGAAGCAGGCUGCUGAGAUGCAGAUUCCCAUUCCCCCGAGAUGGAGUCUGCCUUACUUCAGCAAGCAGCAACAAGAAGUCUAUUUCUGUGUUGACUAUGUCCCAUCAUUAUGUUGGUUAUGCGGAGAUUGUACAUGAAAUGGAAGAUAUAGACAAUGAUAUGGAUGACGAGUCCCAAGGCAGAGAUUUUAGUGGCUCAGAAUCUGACUUGGAUGAAUAUGACUACAUGAAUAAUAGAAUGCAAGAUAUUUCUGCUGCUCAAGUAAGGAGUGGCAGAGAUAUCCAAGGGAUUCCCUGGGGAAGUCUUGGCAUAACAAGGGAGAGGUAUAGGAAGACUAGAUUAGAACAUUACAAUAAUUAUGAAAACAUACCUCAGUCUGGAGAGGGAUUGGAGAAGGAAUGCAAAAUCACAAAGAAAGGGAGUUCAUAUUAUGAAUUCAGACACAAUUCAACAUCCGUGAAGUCAACAAUUUUGCAUCUCCAGUUGAGAAACUUGGUAUGGCCUACAUCAAAGCAUGAUGUGUACUUUAUGUCACAGUCCUCGGUUAUGCAUUGGUCAUCCUUAACUUGCAAGAAGUCUGAAGUUCUUAAUGUAUCAGGACAUGUAGCACCUUCUACGACAUAUCCUGGAAGCCUAUUGGAUGGAUUUACAAAGAUCCAGGUCAGCACACUAGCAGUUAAAGAUAAUCUGCUGGUUGUUGGAGGAUUUCAGGGAGAAUUAAUCUGCAAGUAUUUAGACAGGCCUGGUAUUUGUUUCAGCACUCGGACAACUGAUGAUGAUAAUGCCAUCACUAAUGCUGUUGAAAUAUAUACAUCUAGCAGUGGCGCAAUUCAUUUUAUAGCUUCAGCUAAUGACUGUGGAGUUAGAGAUUUUGAUAUGGAAACCUUGAAGUCCAAACUUACUUAUUUCCCUUGGCCAGUCAAUCAUACAUCUCUUUGUCCCAAUUCGAAGCUUCUCAUAAUUGUUGGAGAUGAUCCGGACGGUAUGUUGGUGGACUCCAGUAGUGCAAAGAUAAUCGCUCGUUUGCGUGGGCAUAAGGACCACUCAUUUGCAUCAGCAUGGCAUCCUGAUGGUGUGACAUUUGCUACUGGGAACCAGGAUAAAACCUGUCGGAUUUGGGAUACUCGAAACCUGUCCAGAUCGAUCGCUACUUUGAAGGGUAAUCUUGGAGCUAUCCGUUCUAUUCGCUACACUUUUGAUGGUAGAUUCAUGGCAAUGGCAGAGGCUGCGGAUUUUGUCCAUGUUUUUGACACUAAAAGUGGGUACGAGGAGGAGCAGGAAAUCAAUUUCUUUGGUGAGAUAUCUGGCAUGUCAUUCAGUCCCGAUACAGAAUCCCUUUUCAUUGGAGUAUGGGAUCGAACUUAUGGUAGCCUCCUCGAAUAUGGUCGGAGUCGAGAUUACUCGUACAUCGAUGCCAUUAUCUAG